UUUGGAGCGACGCAUGCGCACUAGGGUGUUAUCUGUCAGUCCAGUAAGGAGCAGCACGAUGGACGGUGGGGAUGCUCAGCGGCCAGUCACGUUGGACAUCACAGUGGAAGAUGUCGCCACAGAAGCCCCAGACCCCACGGAGCCCACAAGCAGCCAGGCGCCCUGCAGAGAGCGUGUCCCCCAGGUAGACAGCAUCGACUUGGGUGGGGAGUUUGUAACCCCCCAGGAGGACAGCAGUGCUACACCGUCAGAGAGCCUGAUGGUCAAGCUCAACGACCAGAUGAUGGAGAGCGUUAUGAUUUCUGACUCGCCUAAUAACAGCGAGGAAGAUGACGUGGCUCCCAUGGACUCCUUUCUGGAUGCAGUCGAGGAGGAAGAGGCUGCGCCGGAGGCAUCGGACGACAAAGACGAAGAAAAAAGUGAAAUCGGACAGAAUACUACCGAGAUCAAACAGGAGCCGGGUGGUUCUAUGGAGAAAGCUGAUGAGGCCACAAAGGAGCAGGCAAACACACAUGAGCAAGUCAUCACUGUUGUUUCACCUCAAUCUGACGAAGACAGCCCAUUUGAUUUUAACUGUGAGGAACCAACAGCACAAGACGCCAAAGGGACAAGCCCACAAGACGGGCCCGUGCCGGUGUGCACCAUAUUCAGCCACGGCAACCAGCCAAAGUCUCUUGUGCCAGAUGGCUUCCAGCCCACCCUCAUCAAGUCCCCCAGCUUCAACAUGGGGAGUGGUGGUGGUGGAGGAGGCAGUGAGGCAGUGACCCCCAGCAAGCUGACGGCCCCCCUCGUGUGUCAGCCCAGCCCCAGCCUCAGUAAGUUCUUCACUGACAAUGGACAGGUCAACCCAGCCUCCGACUUCUUCGAUUCCUUUACGGUGCCCUCCUCCUUCAUCUCCGUCUCAAACCCCAAUGCUGAGAUCCCUCUCGGUGCCAGCCCAGCAACCAUAGCCCACACCCCUGAGCGGCAGCUCUCUUCCACCUCCUCAUCCAUCUCCACCCCUGGAGGACCUCUGGACUCUGGUGCCCCCACCCCGAGUUCAGUGUUUGGCCCUGCCCUGACGGAAUCUACCGCCAAGGCCCAACUUUCUCCGCCCGAAGCAGCGGCCCCAGCAGCUCCAACUCGAGCCGCCGCCCCCCCAGCCUCUCAGCCGCAGCCCUUCAACCAGCUGCAGGCCGUGUUCCUGGGCAGCGAUGACCCGUUUGCGAAGGCGCUGAGCCUGAGCGAGGUGGACAGGCGCCAUGACGCCUGGCUGCCAUCUGAGGAGACGAGGAAGGUGUUGAUCUCUGUGGCCACCCAGCAGUACAGCCCAUCCUUUGUAGAGACCAACCCAGUCACCAUGCCCGGACUCAAGUUUGACAACCUUCAGGGCGACGCCGUAAAAGACCUGAUGCUUCGUUUCCUGGGAGAACCGGCGGCGAUGAAGCGCCAGGUCCUCACAGCCAACUCUGUGGAGCAGUCCUUCACAGGCCUCAAACGUCUCAUCAGCAGUAAAAACUGGCGUGCCGCGGUGGAUCUGACGGGUCGGCUGCUGACGGCUCACGGUCAGGGAUAUGGGAAGGCCGGCCAGCCGACCACCCACACCACCGACUCACUGCAGCUCUGGUUUGUGCGGCUGGCCCUCCUCACCAAGCUGAACCUCUUCCAAAACGCUGAGCUGGAGUGUGAGCCCUUUGGCAACCUGGACCAUCCAGACCUCUACUAUGAGUACUACCCCAGUGUUUACCCUGGGAGGAGAGGCUCCGUGGUGCCGUUCUCCAUGCGGCUGCUGCAUGCCGAGCUUCCCCAGUACCUGGCCAAGCCCCAGGAGGCUCUGGACCGCCUGUACCAUCUGAAAACCAUCUGCUUGACUAUUCUGGAGAACUUGGAGAAAGGUUUGGCUGAGAAUGGCAGCAUGAUCACCCUAACACAGGACAACAGGCAAGUGUCUCUAAACCUCUGGAGGUCUCGCCUCAGCCGGGUCACGUACUCCAUGGCCAACUGUCUGCUGCUGAUGAAGGACUAUGUUCUGGCUGUGGAGACCUAUCACUCCAUCAUCCAGUAUGAACCCCAGCAGAGAGUGCAGCUGCUCAGCGGCAUAGGACGCAUCUUUUUACAGAUUGGAGACGUAAAAACGGCCGAGCGGUACUUCCAGGAUGUGGAGACGGCCUGCCAGGAGACCGGGAGCCAGCCGGCUCACACCACAUGCGUGCUGAUGAACAGGGCCUUCGUCUCCCUCAGUCAGAACAACUACACCGAGGCGCACGCGUCCUUCACCGAGGUUUUGAAAGUUGACCCGAAGAACCCCGUCGCCAACAACAACGCGGCGGUCUGCCUGCUCUAUCUGGGCCGCCUGAAGGAGUCCCUGGGCCAGCUGGAGGGCCUGGUGCAGCAGGACCCGGCGCUCUACCUCCACGAGAGCGUCCUCUUCAACCUGACCACCAUGUACGAGCUGGAGUCGUCCCGCAGCACGCAGAAGAAGCAGGCGCUGCUGGAGGCCGUGGCGUGCCACGAGGGGGACAGCUUCAACACGCAGUGCCUCAAACUGGUCUAACAGGGCGAGGACACACACACACACACACACAGUUACACACACACGACCGCAGAAUCUGUAAAGGAGCACAAAGCCCACACAAGACUCUAUGAAGGAAAUGGUCCUACACACACUCAUAAUAAUAUCCUCUGUGUGCGUUGAAGUCCAUUUUACAGAUUAAAUAAUUUGACAUUUUGGGAGAUUUGCUUACUUGCAGCGAGUCGGAUGAGAAGAUCGAUACGGCUCUCGUGUGUGUACGGUGAAGAUGAAGCUCGGGCGAGUUUGGGAUACGGAAAAGGCCACAGAGCUGGAACGUCCAUCUGCACGAGUAUUUAAAAAAGAUGAAUGUCUUAGUGGGGAAGCCGGCUCGAGGAGGUUCUUCUCGUCUUCCCGGGCAAUGACAUGCGCUUCUUGGCCUUUUAACGUCUCGCAGUACAAACAGACCGAUGGCUUCAUUUGUAGCAUCGUUCCUCUCACUCGUUGGAAUCGCUGCAAUGAGGCAGAGAAAUUUAUUUUUUCCCUUUUUUUCCCCCAAAACAAUUCCAAUCCCACCACCAGGGGGAGCCGUCGCAUUAAGAAGCCCAUUGCACUACAGACUGGCAGUGGGUCUAAGGGAAGUCAGGCUCGUGAUGUGAGUCUGAACAGGGCAUUACCCUGAGCCGUGAGCUCCAGGACUAACAACCACCUCCAGGAGACGUCUCACCUGACUCCAGCUACCAGCUUUAUGAACUCAUGGAAAAAAACUUCAGAUUGCAUCGUAUCCUGGUCACUUAACAAUAACUGUAACAUUUAGGAAUCCAAAACUACACGUCAAAGCCGUUUUUCUGUUUUGUCUUUUCUGUUUAUGUGAUUAUAUCGAAUUAUUAUCUUGCUAAAUCUUUCAUUGAUUUGUCCUAGUAGAUCUUUAAUUAUCACAUAUUGUGUUGAUCAUAUUUAUGUAUAUUAAAUGUUGUUUUUAUCCUAAAUAAAACUUAUUUUAAAACAUC